GCAAUUUUAAAUAUGGCGUCCGAUAGUGCAAACUUGCCGGGAGGAAAGAUAACAUUUUUGUUAUUCCUUGCUCUUGUUAAUUUCUCUUUCACAAUUGGCAUUCACAACGACAAUUUUUCAGAAGAAUUAUACGUGAAACCUUUUUCUAGCGGUCAUGUCAUGUUCCAUUUUCAAUUCACCACUGUUUGGAACGUAUCGAUCGACAAACCCGAGUCAUUUCAACAUUAUCACCUGUUUCCAAAAUCACUUGGGGAUGUAUUAACAACCUAUAAAGUAAAGGAACUACAUUUAAGUCAGACACAAGGACUGUGGAAACAUGAGAAAUGGGGAUACCCGCCAGAGGAUGCACCCCCGGGCGAUGAGUUGUGGGUGUGGUUUCAGCCUCAUUCAGGAGUUGAUCAGACUUGGGCAGAUCUAGUCAAUGCAUUGUCGGGAUUGUUUUGCGCCUCUCUGAAUUUCAUGGACAGUAAGUCAACUGUACAACCACGGUGGAGUUUCCGUCCGGCUGGACUCGCCUCCGAGUUCUACAGUGCAGACUCUCGCUUUGUCAGGUACUCGACACUUCCAAGAGAAGUGGUGUGUACUGAAAAUCUGACUCCAUGGAAGAAACUUCUGCCUUGUGGAUCAAAGAUUGGUCUAGCCAGUUUGUUGAACUCUGUGAAGAUCUAUGAUGGAUUUUAUCAUUCUCUGGGAGUUCAUGUUAGAUCUGUCUGUCAGGAUACUCAAUGCCUUACACCAGCCACAGAGCUCAAACAGACACUAACAGUUGUGUAUGAUCCAACCACAAAUAAAAAUGGAAAACAAGACUGGAGUUUCCAGAGCAUGUUUGACAGGACUCUACAAUCACAGUGUCCCCUGGCCGACACUAGGAAGAUCUAUGUGGAUGUGACCACACAAGAGACGUUCCCAAAAUUCAGUCUAUCGCCUGUACCAGACUUUGUGCUCAAUCAAAAGCGAUCUGGGGAGGAGAGAAAGAUAGCUGUAUACCAGAUAGGGAACCAUCUGUCCCCCAGCAGCCUAAACCUGAAGGCCGUGUAUGAGGAGAAACUGACCUUCUCCAACUCCUCGCUGCCCCCAGUGUAUGCUAACAGAUUUGUUACAGGGUAUGGGCUGGAGAGAGGGGGCGUGACCUGUAUGAUUUAUAAUACAAUGUCCAGCAACACCACUGUCAUCUUCAUGGAGACCGUCCCGUGGUUCCUCAGAGUGUACUUUAGUUCACUGAGGAUAGAAAAUGAUGGGAAAGAAAUCAAGCCAUAUAAAAUAAACUUCAUCCCAGCAAAAGACCGUGCCAAUCCUUACCAGAUGGAGCUGGUAUUCAGACUCUUUGCCAACUCUGUAACAAAGAUCACUUACUCGUUUGAGCGAGCCUUUUUGAAGUGGACAGAGUAUCCACCUGAUGCCAAUCAUGGAUUUUAUGUCAGCUCUGCCGUUGUUUCUACCGUACUGCCCGUGGCAAGUCGGUACACUGCUACAUCACAGUCUGUCUCUCUCCUGGAGGAAAGCUUUUCGGACAGUUCUAGUUCCUUCUUCCUCCGACUUCACACUGAGACUCUGCUUGUGUCCCUCCCUACUCCCGACUUCAGCAUGCCCUACAAUGUCAUUUGUUUGGCCUGUACUGUGGUGGCCAUUGCGUUUGGUUCCUUACACAAUCUAACCACAAGGGACUUCACUGCUUCUGAUCCAAGCAAAAGAAAAGGGCUUGUGGCCAAACUAAAGUCAUUUUUCAAGAAAGAGAAAGAAAGCCCAGAAAAUAAACCAGAUUCCAAAGAAGAAGAAAUACCAUCUCAAAAAGACAAAGAUAAUUCAAAGAGUGAGGAAAAAGACUCCAAAAAGAAAGAUGGCAACAGUGAAACGUGAUGAUUGUUUUUGUUCUUAUUUAUUCAUUACAUCGAUAAUUAAUAAUUAUGCAGGAAAAAGCAGUAUUUUUCGUUAUAAAUACAUGAUUUUCAUUCAAUCUGCCACUCAUAUACUCAUAUACAUGGCAGUUCUGACAACAAUAGGCUAUUUUUUCUUUCACCCAUUUGUAAACACCAGAGGUCUGUUUUGCAGAGCUGACACUUGGGAGCAAUUGCCAAGAUUUAUGUGAUAGGAAUAGAGAAUUUUUGCAAUGCUUUCAACUUGUUCAAGUGCUCACUCUAGUAAAGUGGCUUCAGAUUCAUAAUACAAGUACCUUCUGAUGCAUUCCGUAUUUUUAAAGGAACUUGUAUGUAAGGAACUUGUAUGUGCAAGACAUUUUUGAACGUCAGGGUGCCCUCAGGCCUUUACAAUCUUGUAUGUAUCUCAUGAAAAUUGGAGUAUUGAAUAAAAGAGCAAGGUAAUUUAUCCCAGUACCCCAGUAAAAUAUGAGAGAGAGAGAGAGAGAGAGAGAGAGAGCUCUGAAAGUUUGUGUUUGGGAGAGAGAACAAGCAGAAAGAUUUAUCCUUUUGAAGAUAGAUAUUUACACUUAAUAUCAUUGUGUGAUUUGUUCCCUUCAUCCCAUCUUGGUCAUAUCAUAUGGCUGCCACACAUCUUAUCAAUUUGGAAUGGUCUUGCUAAAUUCAUUUUCUCUGCUGUAAGAUACUACAGAAGAAUAUCUGAUGAAACAAUCUGAUUUUACUGAGGAAAAUGAACACUGUCAUAAAAGAAGUGCAUGUAUGAAAUAAGUUUGAAUUCAUGAUGAACAAUGGGUUUUGAAGUUAGUACAUGUUUAUUUCAUGUAUUAUAGUAGAAUUGUUUACCAUUUAUUUUAUUUUGUGCUUAUAAUUUCAGUGUGCAAUAAUUAUAUGUGUAUGUUAUGUAAAUCAAAGAAAACACAGAUAUUUGUACAAUGUAUACAAUUCUUGAUCUGCACUAAGCAAUCAGAUUCGUAAAGUAUUCCUAUACAUAGAUGUGAUAUCUCUAGAUCAAUUUAUUGUUAUUAGCUGUCCUAUAAAAUCUGCCCAAAAUUUAAAAAUGCAGCAUAUGAUAGUAAUCAUACCUGAACAAAAUUUACACACUUUUUAUAAAAAUAAAAUAUGUUUAAUUCUU